AGCGGGCCACAUUUCCCAAUAACCCAUGUCCUCCGGGGGUGCGGAGGGGGAGAGCUCCAUUAUCUAACAACUCGCUAUCUAACGACAGCGGUAUCAACAGUGACUCAAGGCCGUUGAGAGUAAGACGACUUAUCAGAUGCCUUCAAACGGCGAUAAAAGCUUCCUGCUCGGCUGGUUGAAAAACACAAAUCGACUCGGUUGAUAUCUAUCACUGUUCAACGACUGUCUUGUUGCACAAACCGAGCGCAUCACUCAUCCAUCUCCACUUGAAGAACCAUCAACCUCACUAUCAUCUGAGAGCAUCUGCAUCAUGGGCGAUCUCGUCAAGGAAACGAGCCAGCUUCAGCUGAGCUCCAUCCCUUUCGGCAAGCCAAUGUUGAAGGAAUUUCUCAUUGACCCAGCUUACCACAACAUGAACCACGGCUCCUUCGGCACCAUCCCCCGUCACAUCCAAACCGUCCUUCGCUCUUACCAAGACAAGGCCGAAGCACGCCCCGACCCUUUCAUUCGCUGGGAGUACCACACCUACCUCAAAGAAUCUCGCCAGGCCGUGGCCGAUCUCAUCAACGCGCCAGUCGACUGCACCGUCUUCGUCCCCAACGCAACCGUGGGCAUCAACACCGUCCUCCGCAACCUGAUCUGGGCUCCCGACGGCCUCGACGAGAUCCUCUACUUCUCCACCGUCUACGGCGGCUGCGCCAAGACCAUCGACUACAUCGUCGACACCCGCCUCAGUCUCGUCUCCUCCCGCAGCAUCCCCUUGGCGUACCCUCUCGAGGACGACGAGAUCGUCGCCCUCUUCCGCGACGCUGUCGCUCAGAGCCAUGCGGAAGGCAAGCGCCCCAAGAUCUGCCUCUUCGACGUCGUCUCCAGCCUGCCGGGCAUCCGGUUCCCCUUUGAGGCCGUCACCGCCGCGUGCCGCGAGCUGGGCAUCUUGAGCCUCGUCGACGGUGCCCAGGGCGUCGGAAUGGUGCCUCUCAACAUCGCCGCCGUAGACCCCGAUUUCUUCGUCUCCAACGCCCAUAAAUGGCUAUUAGCCCCCCGAGCUUGUUGCGUUUUCUAUGUCCCCGAACGGAAUCAUCAUCUCGUGCCCUCUACAAUACCAACCUCGCACAGCUACGUACCUCGGACCGGUGUGCAACGCCACAACCCGCUCCCGCCGAGCGGCGAGCCGCCCUUCGUGACCAGGUUCGGCUUCGUGGCGACGCUUGACAACAGCCCCAGCCUGUGCGUCAAGCACUCCAUCGAGUGGCGCAAGAGCAUCGGCGGCGAGGACAAGAUCAUGGAGUACCUCUGGACCCUGGCCAAAAACGGCGGGAAGAAGGUCGCCGCCAUCCUGGGGACCUUCAUCCUGGACAACAAGUCCGAAACGCUGACCAGGUGCGCCAUGGUCAACGUCGCGCUGCCGAUAGUCAUGGGGGCGGAUGCCGAGACCCUGUCCGUUGGCCCGGACGGCACGAUCACGGUUCCGGAGAAGGAGGCUUCCCUCAUUGUCAACUGGAUGCUCUCGGCACUGGUGAACGAGUACCAGACAUUCGUCGCCCUAUUUUGGCACCAGGGUCGCUGGUACUCGAGGAUCUCGGCGCAGAUAUACCUCGACGAGACGGAUUUUGAGUGGGUUGGCAACACCAUCAAGGAACUCUGUCAGAGGGUGGCGAAACAAGAAUACAAGGUUAAGGUCUAGGAGGGUGCCAAAUAAGCUCUUUGUUUACUAUGUUGGCCGGAGAGCUCAGAGUAUUUAAGCUAGAAUGAGAUUGACCCAUGUAGGUCCUACUUUUACUCGGAUUUAACAGUUGUAGGAGAAGGAAAGUGAAUGUGGCUUUUGCCUUCACGAACUGAUUGUCACGAACUCAUUGCCCC